UUGCAAAUUCUACAUAGAAGCCCGCCAGCCGGCUCGUAACCUUGUUUUACUUUUACUUAGACACGAACGAGGCACAGCCGACCAAGUACUCGUGUCCCCCUCGCGGUACUCGCUUUCCGUUGCAUAAAGAUAAAAAACAUCGCAAUCAAGUGUAAGAAAAAAGACGAAGAACUAUGACGAGAAGAACGCGAGCGUACCAGUGAAAGUGGUUCCUCGAUCUUCGGUCGAUUCGUUUCCUCCUGUGGUCUUCCGGAAAGAUUUCGACAUGCGGAAGGACAGUUUGUUGGUGUCCGGUACUGCCGCGUUGUGCUUGUUUGUUUGUUGCUGGACCGUUUGUGACGCGGCGCUGGAACUGGACAUUAGAGUACCUAGAGUGGCGGAUUUUUUGAAUAGGGUGUCCAAUACUACUUUUGGUAUUAUACGGGGUGGUGUAAAUUUAGUUGGUAGAGCAGUAGACAGAGUGAUAAACACUUUUGGCCGAGUAGAAGACAGAUUGCGAGCUUUGUUAGAAGAGUUCAGAGGAAUUAUACUUAGAGGUAUUCCCGAACUUAACAUACCUGUAUUGGAUCCUCUGCACGUCAACAGGAUCAACUUUGACGUCAAUCAUGAUGCUGCCAAGUUAAAAGGGAAAGCGGAGAAUUUGACGAUAAAACACAUAUCGAAGUUUCAAGUGGACAAGGAAAAAUUUACGGACUUGGGAAGUUUCAGAUUCAAGCUGGAUCUAAAUCUGACGUUUCCCUACAUCAAAGUGACCGGAAAGUAUAAAGUCGACGGAAAAGUUGGCAAGAACUUCGUCAUUUACGGAGACGGGCCCUUUUGGUUGAACCUAAUUGGUCUGAAAUUGGGAACGUCCACCAUCUUGAAGUUUACUUUGCCCGCCAAGCUGAGAGUGGAGAAGUUGAGCAUCGAUAUCAAGUUGGCAAAGUUGGAGAAUUACUUCAGUAACCUUCUGAACGACAAGGAAGUUGGUGAUUUAGUUAACAAAGCCAUUUCUAGGAUGGCGCCAGAAGCUUUGGACAUAUUAUGGCCUGGAAUCAAACCAUCUGUUGAAGAACAAAUCAAAAAGUAUAUAAACCACAUCCUGGAGAAUGCCACAGUAGUCAAUUUUGCAAAGAGGCUUUUCAAUGUCAUCGUCUAAACUUAAGGACUACAUCAAUAAGUCUUUUCGCAGGGUGUUUAAGAAGUACGAUAGAACAAUCGAUUUUUGUGUUAUUAUUUAUUUUAUUUGUACUUGUCUUGUACAAGGAAUAAGCUAUGUAAAUAUUCUCUUAGGUUUAUACAGAAAUAUAUAGGUUAGUUUAAAUAAA